GAGACACAGAGUGCGGAGCUGGUCUAACAAAAGAGUCGAGAAUUAACUAAAUUACGCUUCUACCGGGUAUCCGCACAAAACUCGACUCGCGGCGCUACUCUAUUACAAUCGUACCUACUCCGAGAAGCCUAUAGUCUGCAUUUCAGCAACAUAUCCGGUUCCGGCCAACUUCAGGCCUCUUUCCUCCGUCACCCCUCUAAACAAUGCCUGCAGCAGCCCCUCGAAAGAAAACACAUGCUCGUACAAACACCGUUGAGCUUCAGGAAUCGGCUCGUCUAGAGCUCGUCGUUCCUCAAACAUCAGAUCUAGAUAUCUCUUUGGCAAUAGAUGAGGCACUCGGGCGGGACAAACAGCAAAUCUCUACUGCUGAUGGUGGGAUUUCGGCCGUUUCUGCAAUCGAGCAGCGCAGAUCCCUCUUCUACGGUUUGGUGCUCUCCUCCCAUGUAAUUGAGGAGGGGAUUAUUUGAGAACUGAAAUGCGGUUUUUUUUGUUGUAGAUGAAACCUUGCCGGUAUUCGUGGUUCUUCAGCUUCUAAUCCCCCUAGAAGAUAGUGUCUACGAAUCCUACCUCUCCCGUCUCGCUGUUUCUCUCGAAGUAGCCGCUGUAGAUGGUCAGCGGCAACAGCAGCAACAGCGGCAGCCACAGUAUGGGGGAAGGCCUGUGGAGAUGGUCCAUCUGUUGUUUCAAACCGUGGUGGAUGAAAACGAGACAAAGCGGAUCAUCAUAGAUAACGGCGCACAGAGACUAGCGAUAUGGAAGAUUGAUGUGCCCCUGGGACAUCCCCGGGCCCGUCUCAACAACCCAACGGUUGUUUUGACCGCUUCGGCUACCAUACGUCCAGCUGAGCUUCACAAACCUGUUGUCGAAGAUGAGUAUCUGUCGACCCGACAGCCUGUUGGAAUUAAUCUACUCGAGUCUUUUACCGAAGAUCCACAUCUAUCCGCUGUUGCUCCCCGGCUUUCGGCUUCGAGGGUUUCCCGGGUGAUACCCGUGACCCAGACACCACAGCAAGCUCUCCGCCCUUUCGGCUAUGCUGCGAAGCGCAAUUUCAAUAUCUACCCCGCCAUUAAUAUCCGAUUGCGUUACUCCCGUAUAUUUUCCGGGACAAAGCAGACUAUCAUUGCUUCUCUGGAUUUGGAAGUGACGCACUUCAGUGAAUGCGAUGUAACUAUUGAGAGCGUUAAAAUUGCACUGUCUGGCGGGAAAGCCGAUCCCCUGACAGAUUCGCCAUCUCCUUUGCCUAUAGUGUGUCGACCACGGGAUGAUAUAACCUUCUUAUUUGUCCUAACACCGACCGAUCUGCUCCCCACAUCUGGCUCGCCAGCCCCCGCAUCAUCUAAUUCACCGGUACGUCCUAUUUCCGUCGCCCUACAAGCGACUGCCCACCUCUCGUCAGUAUGCCAUCCUAAGAUAUUUACAAAUUGGACCACCACUGUGGACUUUUCGCCACCACAAAACCCCGCCUUCCAGCCCUCGCCAGGUAUCCAGCGUGCCCAUCGACCACCUUCCUUGGGAAGCAUCAUCCAUGGUGCAACCGUUUCAUCAUCGUCCGGGAUCCGCCCGGUCUAUCAACCCGCCGCCCCAUCCCCUGCUCUAACUUUCACGCCCCCAAACCAUUCCACCCCCUCUUUUGUAGCGAACCCGGCACCCGAGAGCACUCCAGGCCUGACCAUAACAUUCUCUGGCCCAUCGAGAGUAUAUGUCGGUGAAGUCUUCGUUUGGACCGUCUUUGUUGUGAACCGCUCCCAGCGAACCCGAAAACUCGCGUUAAUAGUGCCACCGAAACGCCGGAAGGCCGGGGAAGGGAAGUCACUUCCUCCGAGACCUGCCGGAGACGAAGAUGCAACAGAGGCGGUUCUGGAUGAGGCAGUGGUGUACCAGACGCACCGAGCACAGUACUUGGAGCCGGCGGAAUUGGUGCCUCUAGUUAAUGAUGUUAGGGUUGGGUGAGUUGUCCUGCUCCCUUGAUGGGACUGUGCUUGGAUACUAAAAUCCUACUAGACCAUUAUUACCCUCCGCGUGCCACACGGCGGAACUUCGCUUCAUCGCGCUGGCGACAGGUGUGUUGAAUAUAGAGGGCGUAAGGGUUUUGGACAUCAUCACGAACGAAACGACGGACUGUAGGGAGUUGCCGAGUAUUGUAUCUGUUGGCCGGAGAUAAAAUAGAUACCUGGGAAGAUACGAUAGAAGGAAUAGAAGGGAAAGGGAUGACGGAACUAACAAUUCCCGUUUCCUGGUGGGGGCUUUACGUUGUAGAAUACUAGUAGCGUUUUCGAGAUGGGUUAUUUCAUCUUUAGUAUGAUAUCAUGUCUAUAGAAUUGCCUGAUGGCGGUCAUUGGGUAAGCAGGAGGGGGCUUGAUGACGAGUGAUAUGCUAUGAACACGGGUGGGGUUUUUUGUUGUAUGAUAUUAGAUUUUGUGGGGCGGAUUUUAAGACAUGCUGUGCUUCAAAGUCCGUCCAAGGAUUUCUGAGAGUCUGCAGUUCAAAGGAAAUCUCUCAAUCCAAGGCUCAAAAAAAACGAUCAUUUCAAGCCUGCAACAACUAAAGUUAAUUAACCUGUCCACCUACAGUACUCGUACAUAGUGUCUUGCUACCCGACAACCCUAUCGCAACUUGGCAUCGCAUGCUACUCAUCUACCGACAUCACGACUCUUGGCAGCGGAACCACCUCGUUGCGAGCAGGAGCACCCCGCCAAACACCCGCACACCAAACCAAACCAAGCCAAACCAACCAAUUCUUCUUCCACCACCCCAUAAUACCAGCACCAAAACAACAAUGGUACCCCCUUCUCCCCCUUCCUAGAAAAAAAAAAGUCAAAGCUAACACCCUCAGGGCGGCGGCGGCAAGAUCCCGUACCUCCCCUUCACCCCCCCCCCCCACCAUACACCCCAACUACAUACUAACUUCCAUCACACAAAGCUACCCGAAACACGUCUGGUCCCCUAGCGGUGGCUGGUACUCUCAACCAAAGAACUGGAAGACCAAUACCGCGAUCAUGGCCGCGGUGAUCGCGGGCAUUGUGGCGGUUGCUUGGAAGACGAGCGCGGAGCGGGAGUACAGGUAUCGCAUGCCGGAUCGUGGACGGUUUUUUCCGAGUCGUAGUAUGUUCUCCUUCUCCCGAUUCAAGACGGAUGGAUGGAUGGGGGUUAAUGGGAUUGGUGAUGGUACCGGUGGGGGAGAUAGAUUGGUCGAAACAGAUUCGGGACUUUGAGGCUGGGAGGGAAUAGCAGUGGUGGUAAUGAUAGUAGGGGAUUGUGGUAUAUGGGUUAGAUCAGGUCAAGUGGGAAUGGUCGCUCUUUCCUUUCUUACGAACGAGGGGUGGUUGGCUUAAGGCUUAGCUUGAUCUCGAGCUAUAAUGAACGAGGGUGUUUAUGUC